GUGCACUUUCCUGAAUCCUUUCCUGUCAAUUUCCCUCCAUUCAUUAGCAGGAGCAAAAAUGAUCCUGUGGCUAAACUUGGUGUCCUUUUUGGCAGUCUUCAGAGGUGUCCAGUCUGAGGCCCAGUUGGUGGAGUCUGGAGGGGACGUGAGGAGCCCUGGAGAGUCCCUCCGUCUCUCCUGCCAAGCCUCCGGGUUCGACUUCAGCAGCUACAACAUGGACUGGGUGCGACAGGCCCCUGGAAAAGGGCUGGAAUGGGUGGCCCACAUAAAUCCAAGUUCUGGUACUUACUACUCGGACAAAGUCAAGGGACGCUUCACCACCUCCAGGGACAACGCCAAGAGCCAACUCUAUCUGCACAUGAACACCCUGAAGCCAGAGGACUCAGCAGUCUAUUACUGUGCUACACCCACCAACCCAAAGUUUGUGCACUUCCCUGAAGCCUUCCCUAUUAAUUUCCCUCCAUUUGUUGGACGGAGCAAAAAUGGUCUUGUGGCUAAACUUGGAGCUCAGUCUGAGGGCCAGUUGGUGGAGUCUGGAGGGGAGGUGAGAAGGCCUGGAGAGUCCCUCCGCCUCUCCUGCCAAGCCUCCGGAUUCACUUUCAGCAGUUACGGCAUGAACUGGUUCAGACAGGCUCCAGGGAAAGGCCUGGAGUGGGUAGCCCACAUAAAUCCAAGUUCCAGUACUAUUUACUACUCGGACAAAGUGAAGGGACGGUUCACCGUCUCCAGGGACAACUCCCAAAGCCAACUCUAUCUGCAAAUGAACAGCCUGAAGCCAGAGGACACAGCAGUCUAUUACUGUGCAGGAGACACAGUG